AUGAUGUUGAGGCGAAGCCUGCCUGUCACCCACGUGCAUGUGCAAUUCAAAGUAUGCACUCCAGACACGAGAAUACAAGAUGGAGAGAAAAUACUGACCCAAAUACAACAAGACUGUCUUACCAGCAAUGGCUACAACGAGGCCAAGUGCCAAACUGCAAUCAAGCGACUUUACGAAUGCUGUGAAGCAUUUUACGAACGCUACGGCGAAGAAGCGUCUACUGUGAGCUGUCCGAAGCCCAAUCUUCUCAAGCUCAAGAUAAAGCAACUCCGGGAGGAAGCUAAAUGA